AACCAGGGAAGAAAUUCGUACUUUUUUUUAUUUAUUAUUACAUAGGAACUUCAACCACCAACAAGCCUUUCGAACUCCUUGGUGCGACACCAAACCUACAUAUCAACGUCCUCCCCUUAGGUCUCAUUAAUCAAGUAAAGUCCGGAAUACCAACACAGUUUUUAUGCAUCAGUUGGAUGUUCGAUUGACCCAAUCCCCGAAACACAUCUCCAUUACCAUCCAUAGUUCUCGCUGGCUCACAGAAUAAAUUCUCACCAUCUAUAGGUAGUGCUGGUUCGUGAGUGUACCUACUUAGAAUUGAAGCCCGAUAUUUCUUCUUCCUGCGCGUAGGGGUUAAGAAGUCCGUGCCUUCGCUCGUUGGACGGGGUCGCGGAGGAAACAAGAAGACAACGAGCCGUUCGGAGAUUAGCCUUCGACGAGGCGGCAUCCGGCGACGGAGAUUGCGAGCGGUCGCGAGCAAAAACUAGGGCUCCCAGCUACUGCCAAACUAUCGUGUCUGAGAAGGUCUUCACAAAACGGCUUUGCUCGUUGGACAGGGGGUCGGAGGAAACCAAAAGACGACGAGCCGUUCGGAGAUUCGCCUUCGACGAGGCGACGGAGGCUCUCAAAACUCGCGAGGGAAAGCAGGGCACAGUUGUUCUGUUUUCUUCGCCUGAACAGUGUACUAAAGAUUUUCUUCGCCUGCUUCUCUCAGAUUUUCGUCGCCUGCCUCUCUCAGAUUCGCCGUUCGGAGAUUCGCCUUCGACGAGGCGACAUCCGGCGACGGAGGCUCGCAAGGACUCGCGAGCGAAAGCUAGGGCACAGUUGCCUUUUAAGUUUUAUGGUAUGACGACGUCAUUUUUGUUAUUAAUGGCCUAGGGGGUUAAGAAUGGUAUAAACGAAGAACUGCGGCGAGUCAAUUAAAGUGAAGUGAGAAAGCCCUCGUGUAAUUGUCUUCAUACUAAUCUUUCGCACUCUGGUUCCAAGCUCUUCCCUCGCGCACACCUUAUACCUUUCUUCGUUUAUCAAGAUCGAUCUUACAUUCCGACCGCUUUGGCUGUUUUAGUUUCUGAUUUUUAUUGUAUUUAUUCGCAUAAUUCUCUGCGACUUCGCAUAAAAUCAACACUUUAUGAUCACUAGAAGCCAGACAGCGUCAGCUGCUUACCUGUAUGCCCAGAAGUGCAGUUAUGUAGAUGUGUAUAUGAAGUGGAAGAAAGACCCUUACUAUGAUUCUAUUGAGUCCAUCCACAGGUCCAUAGAGCUCAAACCGCUGAUCUCUCUCAAAAAUUGCAUAGCCCGAGAUCCUAAUGGAUGCAUACCAAUAUCGGCUGUGUCAAAGAGGGGAGUAGAAUUGGGAGUACCCAUGAAGGUUUCUAGGUUUCUCAGACAGUUCCCAUCUGUAUUUGAAGAGUAUACUGGGCCCCAGUAUAAUCUUCCAUGGUUCAGGCUGACCCCAGAAGCUGUCGCGCUCGACAGGGAAGAGAGUGCAGUUUAUGAGGAUCAAAAGUCAGAGAUUAGAGAAAGGUUGAAGAAAUUGAUAUUGAUGAGUAGGGAGAAGAGGCUUCCUUUGAAGAUAAUUCAGGGAAUGCAGUGGUACUUAGGGUUGCCUGAUGUUUUUCUGCGAGACCUGGUGGCAAAUCUUGACGAAUCUUUUAGAUUUGUGGAGAUGGAAGAUGAAAUGAUGGGAUUGGCUGUUGAGUCAAAGGAAAGGGUCUUGUCUGUGAUGCAGAGAAACACUAUAAAGAGAGGAAUUUACUAUGAGGGAUCUGAAAGGACAAUUGAAUUCCCUAUGUUUCCAUCAAAGGGCUUGAGGUUGAGGAGAAAGAUUGCAAAUUGGUUAGAUGAGUUCCAGAAGCUUCCAUAUGUUUCCCCCUAUGAAGACUUUUUGCAUUUGGAUCCAAACAGUGAUAUAUCAGAGAAAAGGAUUGUGGGUGUAAUUCAUGAGUUACUCAGCAUAUUUGUGGAGCAUUCAGCUGAGAGGAAGAAGCUCCUCUGCCUACGUAAGUAUCUGGGUUUGCCCCAGAAAUUUCACAAGGCAUUUGAGCGGCAUCCCCAUAUGUUCUACUUGUCUUUGAGGAACAAGACCUGCACAGCAAUUCUCAAAGAGGCGUAUAACGAUAAGUUUGCCAUAGAUACCCAUCCCCUCUCAAAGGUGAGGAAAAAGUAUAUCAAGUUGAUGAAGAAAUCAGAGGUUAUUUUGAAGAAUAGAAGGCUGAAGAACCGGACUGUUGAUAUUGGAAAUGUGGAUUUAGAUUUGGACUUGGGCUGCGUAGACACAGACACAGGCAAAAUAGCAGAGGUUUCUUUGUAAAUGUUAUUGCAAAAUGUAUUUAGAGUAGGCAUGCUUUAGCUUUAAAAAAAAAGAGAGAAUAUGGGAGAGCCUUUCUUUUUGGAAUUGAAAAAAAAAAGAGCUAAAUUAUUGAUGGUUUGUUAGAAGAUUUUUUGUCUAAGAAAUAAGAUUACUUCUAUAGUGCAUGGAC